AAUUCGUUUCAGUGUUUGCAUUGGAAAGGACAUGUUCACUCAAAGUCCACUGCCCAUUGCAAAAUGAUCCAGGUAUAAACACAGAGCACACAGCUGAAGUGACGGAAAGUAGGUGAUUUCCUUCCUAAAUUACACCAGAGUUAAGAGAGGACAAGAGCUGAAGUUUCCCUGAUGAGGAUGCAGAGCCUGCUGCUUCCCCUGCUGCUCCUUGCAGCUGUGGUCCAGAGGGCUCAGGGCCAGACACCAGAGGUCAAGGAGCGCUACAACAAGUUUGUCAAACAGCACAUCAACGGCAACAUGAACGAGUACAUCUGCGACCGUGAGAUAAGCACGCGCAAGAUCACGCAGACAGGCAGCAACGACUGCAAGGAGACCAACACCUUCAUCCAGGCCUCCUCUCAGCUGGUGACGCGCAUCUGCGGAGAUGCAGGGACACACUACCGUGACAAUCUGUUCAAGAGCAACCAGCCCUUUCCCAUCAUAACCUGCAAGCACACUGGAGGAUUGCGACACCCCAAGUGUACAUAUCGGGGCAAAAAGAGUACUCGCUACAUCGCCAUUGCAUGCGAAGGAGGCUGGCCAGUACACUACGACGAUGAUGACCUGGUCAUCUUCCCGUGACAUGAUACCUGUGACAUUUUGUCCUGUUCUAUGCUAAUAAAUCUUCAUUGUCAUCA